CUUUGUAGUUGUCAUUUCAUCCAGCACUCAUCAGGGUAACAUCGAGGCAGAAACAGUUGAUAUCACACACGUGGUUAUUGGGGAAUACCUAAGGGAUGGGGAAAUUGUAUGCAGUCAUCACAUUUAGCUACCCAAGCAGAGCCCAGCAGGACAUCCCAAGGGUUACUGUGAGGCAGUUCUCCAUGGGGAUUCCUGCAGGAACUCACCACAUCAUAAUCAGCCAGCCUAGGAUCAGGGAGCUGGAGCUGAUGGCAGCAAUAGACAGAAUUUGCCUGUAUCUCCUUGUGGUGGACCAGAGAAAACUGGGUUUUGUUAUCAGGAGCCAUGCCAUCUCCUUGUUGGAAUAUGAACAGUUGGAGGGAAUCGUUGCUGUCCUUUUAAGCAAGCCCGUGCUAUUUGUCAGUUUCCCUUUUGAGGUGCCCAGGGGCAAGCCAGAUCAGGUUGCAAGAAAGAGAAUGUCUUUUCAGCUUGAAGAAAAAAACAGCUGGGCUCUUCAGGGAUCUCCUCAGCUACAUUAUGCAGGAGCACUCAUUUUGGCUAAAUCUAUGGCUCAACCACGAAGAGAAAUCUCAAAUGACCACCACCCUGAACCCAGUUCUCAAAUGAAGAAGCAAAGGAUGUCUCGAAAGUCUUUCUUUUCCAAGAUAUCCUGGAAGCUCAGGCUGCGUAAACAGGAGCCCCUGAAGAAUGUGUUUUACCUAUUGGCAGAAAAGGCUCGGGAUUCCAACACCAAAAGACGCCACAUGGCAAUUAAAGGCUUAGGAAAUAUGGCUUGUGAAGCACCUGACAAGGUGAAAAAGUAUAAGAAACUUUUGCUAGACUCACUGGUCCAUGGAUUGUAUGACCCGGUGAGUUCUGAGAUCAUAUAUGAAAGUGUGAAGGCGCUGAUCAUCAUCCUGGGCAAGAUCAAGGGAAAAGGUUUGGGCUCCUUCUUCAUAGACAUCACCCUUCAGACCAGGACUUUGUUAGAUGAUGAAAAUGACAGCCUGAGGUAUUCAGCAUUUAUCUUGUUUGGACAACUGGCUGCCUUUGCUGGGUGGAAAUGGAAGAAAUUUUUCACCAGCCAGGUUAAAAGGACAAGGGACUCCUUACUGGUCCACUUAAGGGAUGGAAAUCCCCACGUUGCCACGGCCUGUAGAACAGCUUUUCAUGCUUGUUCCCCUUUCCUGAGAUUGAAGAAGGAUCCCCUGGAAUACACCAUCCAAGCCCAGGAAGAGCAAAGGAACCCCAAACUCUAUCGGCAGCUGAGCUACUACCAUCCAGAGCUUCUGCAGUUCUUCUAUGCAAACAAAAUCCUAUAA